AUGCAAGACCCCGGGUUUCCCACCGGCUCCCCAUUGUCCCCAAGCCCACCGAGGAAGAGGACGCGGCUGUGGCGCCAGCGGCGGCCCCACAUGGUGUUCAGCGCACAGCAGCUGUGCGUCCUGGAGGAAUUCUUUGAGGGGAAAUCCUACGGGACCUAUGAGGAAAGCGAGACCCUGGCGGCCAGGCUUAACUUGCAGGAGGACCAAGUGAAGGUGUGGCUCAAGAACCGCAGGGCCAAAGAGCAAAGGUUGCAGCGACUGCGCAAGCAGCAAGGCCAGGGAGGCCAGGCUGUGCCCCAGGAACUGGCAGUCUGCGCCCCUCAGCCCGCGCCUGUGCCCUCUUCUGCAGGCCCUGCGUGCCAGGAGGGCCUUUUGCUCCCUGCCAGCCCUGUGUUUCCCGCAAUUCCUCUGCACCCUGAGAAGCCAGUGUUCCCGCUGGCCCUGUGUGCCCCGCUGGCCCUGUGUUCCCAGCCAGCUCAGUGCUCCCUGCAGGCCCUUGGCUCCCUGCUGGCCCUGUGUUCCCGGCAGUCCUAUGCUCCCGGGCGCUUACAACUCGAUGAGGGACACCAAAAAGAUGAACGCCAGAAGGACGCUUACAGCUCCCUGAGGGACACCUCGGAGUUGGACGCCAUCCUGGACACUUACAAUGCGAUGAUGGAUACCCAGGAAUUGGACGGCCAGAUAGACUGCAAGGAGAUGGACGCCCUGCUGGACGAUUACGAUGUGAUGAUGGACACCAGCUAA